UCUAGGGCAACAAUGAAGCAGCUCAGCGCUUGCGCGGCGGCAUCGGAUCGCGCGGCCUCGAUCGCUCUCUUGGAUUGCGGUGGAUUGAUCCAGACGAAGAAAUUUGGGAUUCGAGCGGCAGUAGCCUUCUCGUCGUCGUGCCAGCCGGCGAUCAGGUGCUGCUUCGUCCAAGUAAGGGCCUCCGCCGCGAGCAGAGAUUCGUCGGAGAGCGAUGAUGAAGAAGAGAGCGAGGAUCUGAAGUGGAAUCCAGCAGAUGCAGAUGCCGAGAGAUUCCGGGAGGACCUGGAAAAGAGCGUGGACAAGAACGAGAUGAGCUUCAGCGGGAUUGAUCUGGCGGGCCUGAUUCGAAAGAAGUAUGGAAGAUCUUACGACGUUCAGCUCAUCAAGAAGGAAUUCUUGGGGAAGCAAUACUUGGCCAUGAAUGUCAUGUGGAAAUAUCGAGAACAGAGAUCGUUUCCACUGAGCGAGGAAGAGUAUCUCCUACACUUGGACGAUGUGGCCAACGCUCUCAAGUGCUGGGGAGCCGUAUCGGUGAUUCGCUCCAGCCUCGAGAAGACAAAAGAGAGGCCACGCAUUGGCAAGGCCGUGAGCCUCUUCAUCGACAUGGACGAGUCGGGUGGUCGUGCCAACGAAUGGAUCAACCGGUAACUAAAGCUCUCGAAAAAGUCUUUCAUCUCUCGGAUGGAUCCACUGAUUGAUUUUGGUCGAUCUCUUCUUACAACGGUUGAUGAAUCGAGCUAAGAGUCCACGAGUCUGGCUUGAAAGG